GCUCCUGAGGGAGGGAGAGACGAACCGACGGACGGACGGAGGCGGGGAUCUGUUGGUCCCGCGCCGGCAUCUCGGAAGCCGGGGGCCACGCUCCCCGGUCGGAGGUCUCUGCUAAACAAGAGCCCGGGGAGGGUGAACCCUCGCCGGGCGUGACGAGCCCGGUGCGCGAGGUGGCCCGCAGGAGGAUGGCCGCCCCUGGGGUGGAAAAAAGCAGUAGUAAGAAGAAGACCGAGAAGAAACUUGCUGCUCGAGAAGAAGCGAAGCUGCUGGCGGGUUUCAUGGGCGUCAUGAACAACAUGAGGAAACAGGUGGAACCCAUUGGAGACAAAUCCUCCUGGUACGACUUAAUUUAGAGCCGAAAGUCAGCGGUAAAGACCGUUUUCUGAGGACACCCUGUAAUUAAAGAGGACAUCUUUGUUCUGUCUUUGAUGCGUGAUGCAUUCAUGCAGUUAUGCAGCAUGUCGCCAAAAGAAAACACUGUGCGAUGUCAUCCUCAUGGUCCAGGAAAGAAAAAUACCUGCUCAUCGCGUUGUCCUUGCUGCAGCCAGUCAUUUUUUUAACUUAAUGUUCACAACUAACAUGCUUGAAUCGAAGUCCUUUGAAGUAGAACUCAAAGAUGCUGAAGCUGACAUUAUUGAACAACUUGUGGAAUUUGCUUACACUGCUAGAAUUUCUGUGAAUAGCAACAAUGUUCAGUCUUUGUUGGAUGCAGCAAAUCAGUACCAGAUUGAACCUGUGAAGAAAAUGUGCGUUGAUUUUUUGAAAGAACAAGUUGAUGCUUCAAAUUGUCUUGGUAUAAGCGUGCUUGCAGAGUGUCUGGAUUGUCCUGAAUUGAAAGCAACAGCAGAUGACUUUAUCCAUCAGCAUUUUACUGAAGUUUAUAAAACUGAUGAAUUUCUACAACUGGAUGUCAAAAGGGUAACGCAUCUUCUCAACCAGGAUACUCUGACUGUGAGAGCAGAGGAUCAGGUUUAUGAUGCUGCAGUCAGGUGGUUGAAAUAUGAUGAACCCAAUCGUCAGCCAUUUAUGGUUGACAUACUGGCUAAAGUCAGGUUUCCUCUUAUAUCAAAGAAUUUCUUAAGUAAAACAGUGCAAGCUGAACCACUUAUUCAAGACAAUCCUGAGUGCCUUAAGAUGGUGAUAAGUGGAAUGAGGUACCACCUACUAUCCCCAGAAGAUCGAGAAGAACUUGUAGAUGGCACAAGGCCUAGAAGAAAGAAACAUGAUUAUCGCAUAGCCCUAUUUGGAGGCUCCCAACCACAGUCUUGUAGAUAUUUUAACCCAAAGGACUACAGCUGGACUGACAUUCGCUGCCCCUUUGAAAAACGAAGGGAUGCAGCAUGUGUGUUUUGGGACAACGUAGUAUACAUUUUGGGUGGUUCUCAGCUUUUCCCUAUAAAACGAAUGGACUGCUAUAAUGUUGUGAAGGAUAGCUGGUAUUCCAAACUGGGCCCUCCAACACCUCGAGAUAGCCUUGCUGCCUGUGCUGCAGAAGGCAAGAUUUAUACAAGUGGAGGUUCCGAAGUAGGGAACUCAGCUCUGUAUCUGUUCGAGUGCUACGAUACGAGAACUGAAAGCUGGCACACAAAGCCCAGCAUGUUGACUCAGCGCUGCAGCCAUGGGAUGGUGGAGGCUAAUGGCCUAAUUUAUGUUUGUGGUGGAAGCUUGGGGAACAAUGUUUCUGGGAGAGUACUUAGUUCCUGUGAAGUUUAUGAUCCCGCCACAGAAACAUGGACUGAGCUGUGUCCAAUGAUUGAGCCCAGGAAGAACCAUGGACUGGUAUUUGUAAAGGACAAGAUAUUUGCUGUGGGUGGUCAAAAUGUUUUAGGUGGCCUGGACAAUGUGGAAUAUUAUGAUAUUAAAUUAAAUGAAUGGAAGAUGGUGUCACCAAUGCCGUGGAAGGGGGUCACAGUGAAGUGUGCAGCAGUUGGCUCUAUCAUUUAUGUCCUAGCAGGUUUUCAAGGUGUAGGCCGACUGGGACACAUCCUCGAAUAUAAUACUGAAACAGAUAAAUGGAUUGCCAACUCCAAAGUUCGUGCUUUCCCAGUAACAAGUUGCUUAAUUUGUGUUGUUGACACCUGUGGAGCGAAUGAAGAAACUCUUGAAACAUAAAGCAUGCAUGGGCUCCAGACUUACCUGAGACUCAGAACAUGCCACCAGUGCUUUCUUGACACCAAGAGCUUGGUUAUGAAGGUCUGGUUUGAUAUUUUGAUAAAGGUUCAAGAGUAAAGUAAGAGUCCUAUAAAAAUAAAUGUUUCUUUUAUAUGUAUUUCUUUAAUUCAAAGACCUUACUUUAGUUGGCCAUGUAGCCAAGAAUCUCAUCAGCCAGAAAAUUUGAGAAAUUAUAAGUAUUUGUUGAAAAUGUCUACUCUGGCAGAGUGGGGCAUGCUCCUUGUGAAGCAGCCCCACCAUAAGCUCUGAUUCUAUUUUCAUAUAUUGAGUGAGCGCGGUCUAGUUAGAUCUGUUUGUUUCUGUUUGGUUAAGAGCUAAGUAGUAUGAGCUAUAACUCAAGGUGGGCAACUCUGAUAUCGUGUUCACAGUUUUGCUUGUCCUCGUGUUUCCUGUAGUGCCAAAUUACUCCAUUGUAGAGUAAGCCAAGGUAUACAUACUUCCUCACAAAAUAUCAUAAACAGAUUUGGGAACUUAGUGUACCCGAUUUCUCAUGAAAUAUACUCAGUACAAUUAAAUAUAUUCCACAUUUUUAACAUAAAAUGAUAUGUUUAGCACCCGUCAUUAGUUUAUAUGGUUUUAAUUCAGUGAAUUGAAAAGUGCUCUGCAUCUUCAGUCCUCACUGUGAAAUCUGAUUGUAACAGGGAUGAUUAGCAAAAGAUAAAGCUAUUUGUAGCAAAUGUCUAGAUCACCAGGAAAGCAUUGAUAAUUGUACCACAAUAUCUUAAAGAUUAAAAAACUGUUUUCCUUUCCCUUAGCAGACCAUAUCAAACUCAUCUUCUCUAAAAGUUUUGUAGUAAUUUAGAAUGUCAUCUCUGAUGCAUUGCUUUGGCCUACAAAUUGUUUACCAAACCAACUACUAAUUUCUUUCCUACGUUUGCCCUUUUCACUUUGUAUGAAAUGUGCCAUGCAAAACUGUCAAUCAUCAAUGUUUCUAUCUGAUAAUAUUAAAUAUUUUUACCUUAGAUUUGCUGUUUUAUUAUUAUUCGUUUUGUGUUAGUAUGUUUUUAAGAUUUGUAAAAUGUAUAUUUUAACUUUCACUUCAUGUGGAGGUUAUAAUGUUAAAUCAAGAGUGUUUGAAUUACAAAUGAAUUUGAAAAAAUUAUACAUUUAUGUAGUGUUUUUAUAUAUGUACAACUUUAUUGAGAUGUAAUUCAUACAUCACACAAUUCACACUUUUAAACUGCCAUUCAGUGAUUUUUUUUUUUUUACUGUAUUCAGCAUGUGAAAUCAUCAUGGUAAUCUUAGAAUAUUUCCAUCAUCCCAGAAAAGAAACCCUAUACUUAGUAGCAGUCAUUCCCCAUGCUUCCCUGUAAUAGCUUCCUAGGGCUGCCACAAACUACCACCUUUAAUGACAACACAACGGAACUGUAUUCUCGCAGUUCUAGGGACUAGGCAACCUCAGUCACCACGACAAAGGAUUGGGCAGAACCACCAUGACCUCUGGUCCUUGUCAUUGCUUGGCUUGUAGCUGCAUCAGUCUCUGCCUCGGUGUCUGUCUUCACAUGGUGCUUUUAUAAGGACAGCAGUCAGUUGGAUUCAGGGACACACACACCCCUCCAAAUCCACUAUGACUUGUCUACAAAGAUCUUGUUCCCAAAUGAGAUUACAUUCUGAGGUUUAGGUAGAUAAGAAUUUGGAGAGGACACUAUUCAACACAAUACAUCUCCACAGACACUGAAGCCUCACACAACAUCUUGUGUAGGUUCUGCCUCUAGAUUUGACUGCUCUAAAACAUUUUUAUGUAGGAUUUUUAUAUUUUGCACUCUUCGGAAUGUGGCUAAAUAUCCAUAUAUCAUAUGGUUUUAUCAACACAAUAAUCACUCAUGUAGACUAUGCAACAUUGCUCCAGAUAUUUUAGAUAUACUAAUUCUAUGCUGUUUUUAGGCUAUGUCAACUGGCUGGAGUACAUUAUAGUAAAUAUAUUGGCAGGUAUGAUGUAGCUGAUUUUAAAGGUGUAUCAUGGUUCUAAUGUGUCUCUUCCCUCCCCCACACAACUAUUGCAUACAAUUAUCAAUGUCAGGAUAAUGAGUGAAAGUACCCCUAUUCAAAGUGCAUUUUCAGGUGUUUUUUUUUUUUUUUGUUUUUUGGUUUUUGGUUUUGUUUUUUUUUUCUGUCUUUCUUUCUUACCUACCUACCUACCUACCCUGGGCUUCUUGUGGACAGGAGCGCUCUGUAUUCUGGGCUUUGUUUACCCUAUUUGUCCCUUUUCAUGGGCAGGAGCUCCUGCCUUUUCAUGGGCACAAUCUCUUUAUACUCUCACUUCUUUCCUUAAUCAAAUAAAAUCUCUCUAAACUUUA